AUGAAGAGGAACGUUUUACGCAUUGCAAAAGAAGUAAAAGAUGCACUUAACUCCAAGAGACCAGUGGUAUCGCUAGAGUCCACUAUAAUUUCCCACGGACUUCCAUACCCGCAGAAUAUUAACAUGGCUAAUGAAGUUGAAGCGACCUUACGAGACUGCGGCGUUGUGCCAGCAACAUGUGCUUUCCUCAAUGGACAGCCACAUAUCGGUAUGACGCAAUCUGAAUUGCUACAAUUUGCCGAAUCUUCGCAACUGGGUAAAGUGACUAAGGUGUCAAGAAGAGAUAUCGGCUAUGUAAUGGCCAACAAGUUGAACGGUGGUACUACAAUUGCGCUGACAAUGAUUCUUUCGCAUUAUGCAGGAAUAAAGUUUUUCGCAACCGGUGGAUUAGGUGGUGUUCAUCGAGAUAUGCCGGGAGAAUUAUCGAUGGAUAUUUCGGCCGACUUGACUGAAUUGGGACGAACUCCAGUGAGUGUGAUAUGCGCUGGUCCUAAGUCGAUCUUGGAUAUUUCGAAAACAUUGGAAUUCCUAGAAACCCAGGGUGUUUUCGUUGGUACGUAUAAUGAGGAUAAUCGACCUUUGAAUAAGUUAAAGAUUCCCGGUUUUUACUGUCGAGAAUCCAAAGUUUCCUCGCCAUUUGGAUUUAAUACUUUUGAAGAAGCUGCCAAGAUUGUGUUUAAUCAGAAUCUUUUGGGAUUGCAAAGUGGCAAUGUCUUUUGUAUCCCUCCACCAAAGGAAACUGCAUUAGAUAAUGAUUUCAUAUCGAAAGUCAUUGAUCAUGCAGAUAAAGAAGCACGAGAAAGAGGAAUAUCGGGGAAGCAAUUGACCCCCUUUUUAUUAGGUCAAAUUGCAGAAAGGACUAAAGGUAAAUCUAUUGCUUGUAAUGUGAGUCUAGUCAAGAAUAAUGCGAAAGCAGCUGCUGAAAUUGUAAAAGCAUACCAUAGGCUAGGUACGGUAAAUCAAUCAGUAAGUGCAUAUACGUCUAGUUCCUCAACAACAACAACAACAAGGAAGAAUAAUAGAAACAAUCUUUUAGUUGUUGGGUCAGUUGCUCUUGAUACUGCUGCUGCACUAUCAACCAAUUACAGAAAACACGAUUCGAAUAUUGGCACAAUCACAAAUUCAGUAGGUGGUGUAGGCUACAACAUUGCAUUAGCAAGUAGCUACAUCCACAACGAUACCAAAUUUAUAUCGAGAAUCGGAAACGAUUUUGCUGGUGAAACAAUAUCCAACUAUCUUAAAAAUCAACUAUCAUCUAGAUUAACCAUUGGUGAUAAAAACACUGCCCAGUAUGUAAGUAUACAUGACAAUGAUAAAGGAGAUUUGAACAUUGCAUGUGCAGACAUGUCGAUCAUUGAAGAGCCAAAGUUCCUGGAGCAAGUUAUUGAAACAAUUCAACAGGAUAAACCCAAGAUUGUGAUUCUCGAUUGUAACUUAUCGGCACAACUGAUGAACAAUAUAGUCCUGUAUCUGAAUCUGAAUUUGGAUCUGAAUUCGAGUCUGAGUCUGUAUCAACAACAAUAUAUCAUUGAGCCCACUUCACAUGUAAAAGCUAAAAGAAUAGGGGCUUUGGACUUGUCGGUUUUCCCUUACAAUCAAGUCAAACUAGUAACCCCAACCAUUGAGGAGCUCAAGAGUAUAUUUGAGUCAAUGUCUCAACAAGGUAAAUUCAAUUGUUUAGAGAAUUGGUUUCCUAUUAUUGAUGCAAUGAAUAUAGACUUCCAAAUGAGAGAAAAGCUCAUGAGAUUUGAUAGUAAGAAUAAAUUCAAUUUUCAAAGCUCAGGUGUGUUUCAGCAAUGUUUCCAUUUACUACCUUAUUUCCAAAACAUUAUUGUCAAAUUGGGUUCUCGAGGCGUGUUACUUGUUAGUCUAGUGACAAACUUGCAAGACUUGAAAAGCAUUCCAACAACAUCCAAAUAUAAACCAAUGAUUACAAUAACUAAUGAUGUUGACAGUAAAAUUGGUAUACUUAUCGAAUACUAUCCCGCUCCAAAAGAGAAUGAAAAUUUGAAAAUCGUGAAUGUGACGGGGGCAGGCGAUACAUUAGUUGGGUUCCUAGCUGGUAAAAUGGCUGAGUCCUUAUCAAACAAUGAACUCAGUGGUAAUUGGUUAGAUCAUGAAAUAAAAUCAAGCGAACAAGUUUGGAAGAAGUGGGAAAAUAUUUACAAGGCACAAUUAGCUAGCGGUAUGACUUUGAAGUGCUUAAAAUCCGUUAGUGAGGAUAUAGCAAAACUUUAG